CCUCCUCUCUCUCUCACACACACACACACACCGAAUCACUCUGCCAUUUGAUACCUCACCCAGUUAGAUGGUGGUGCAAUGCACCCUCAAAGUAACUAACGACAGCCUCGAGAUCUCUGACAUGGCUGCCGACGCCAAAUGCAACCACGAGGAUGUUGUUCCCUCCCACGACGACUGCAGCAGCCGGGGUGCGAGGAGGAGUAGCGCCAGACUCAAGCUGCUCCAGGAGAAGAAGUCCCACCAACAACCGCAAAAGAAAAGGACCCUCUCGCCACCACCAUGUCACAACCUCAAAGUCAACAAGGUUUCCCAAACUCCUUCCACCCCUAACCACAAAAAACGGAAGCUUGGUGACGAGGAUGCCCAUCCCCCUGGUCCUACUGCUACCCCUGGACCUCACCACCGCCAUCUUGAUCACGACUUCCACCAGACACAAGAUGCCCAUGCCGACGCCGACGCUGACGCCCACGGCAACCCGGUUCCAACUGAGAGGAGCGCCUCUGCCAGUGUUACGGAAACACUUAGGCAGUUUAACAAAUGCUACCUCCAUUUUGUUCAGGAAGAGGAGAAAAGAUGUGGCAAGCUGGACGAUCGGCAAAAAAACAAGGCUUCUUGUCCUAAGGAGAACAUAGCUGAAGAUGAUACUAAAAGGGGUUCCAAGCGACCCGAUCUGAAGGCCAUAACUAAGAUGAAGGAGACAUGCUCUGUUUUAAACCCAACAAAAAUGAUAGGCUCCAUUCCAGGGAUUGACGUCGGUCAUCAAUUCUUUUCACGUGCGGAGAUGGUUGUGCUGGGUUUUCAUAGCCAUUGGCUUAAUGGAAUUGACUACAUAGGGCAAGCAAGAAGAUCGGACCUGGGUGACUACAAGUUACCACUUGCAGUAUCAAUUGUUUUAUCUGGCCAGUAUGAGGAUGAUCUGGAUAAUUUUGAGGAAAUAGUGUACACUGGUCAAGGUGGUAAUAACUUGCUUGGUGACAAGCGUCAGAUCAAGGAUCAAGUAAUGAGACUUGGUAACUUGGGGCUCAAGAACUGCAUCGAGCAUUCAGUGCCAGUUCGAGUUGUGCGUGGGCAUAAAUGUACAAAUAGUUAUGUUGGGAAAGUCUACACAUAUGAUGGUUUGUAUAAGGUUGUUAAUUACUGGGCAGAGAAAGGUGUUUCCGGAUUCACUGUAUAUAAGUUUCGACUAAAGCGGCUGGAGGGUCAACCUCCUUUGACCACUAGUCAGGUGCAUUAUACUCGAAGUCGUGUGCCUGACUCCAUUGCUGAAAUACGUGGGUUGGUUUGCAAGGACAUUACUGGAGGGCAGGAGGAUAUUCCAAUUCCAGCAACCAAUUUGGUUGAUGAUCCUCCAGUUCCACCUACAGGCUUCACCUACCAUAAGGACAUGAAAUUUGCUAAAAAUGUUAAGCUUCCUUUGAAUGCUUCUGGAUGUAGUUGUAGGGGCACAUGCACCGAUCCUGGAGUUUGUGCCUGUGCUAAGUUAAAUGGUUCAGACUUUCCGUAUGUUUUCCGUGAUGGUGGCAGGUUGAUUGAACCCAAGGCUGUUGUAUUUGAGUGCAAUCCAAAUUGUGGUUGUGGACCUGGUUGUGUAAAUCGGAUCUCUCAAAGAGGACUGAAGUAUCGUUUAGAGGUUUUUCGUACUCCAAAUAGGGGUUGGGGUGUCAGAUGUUGGGAUUAUAUACCUUCUGGUGCACCCAUUUGUGAAUAUAUAGGGCGUCUAACAAAGACAGAUGAUAUCGACUCUGCUGCUGGAAACAGUUACAUAUUUGACAUAGAUUGUUUGCAGACAAUGAAGGGGCUGGAUGGACGAGAGAGACGAUUGCGAGAUGUAUCAUUACCUGUAAAUCUGGAGAAUGAUGAUGAUAAGAUGUCUGAAAGUGUCCCAGAGUUCUGCAUUGAUGCUGGCUCUGCAGGCAAUGUUGCAAGGUUCAUCAACCACAGUUGUCAGCCUAACCUCUUUGUCCAGUGUAUUUUGAGCACCCACCAUGAUAUCAAACUUGCAAGGGUGGUGCUCAUUGCUGCAGAUAAUAUACCCCCACUAAAGGAGCUUACAUACGACUACGGGUACGCCCUUGAUAGUGUUGCAGGCCCUGAUGGCAUUAUUAAGCAGAUGCCUUGCUACUGCGGUGCAGCUGAUUGUAGGAAACGCUUGUUCUAGUUGGAUGGUCUUGGCUCCCCGCGUUUGUGUUUGCUUGUACCUUUUUGUUCUUGUUAAGCCCCAUUCCCGAGGGGUGGUGGCAGGCAGGGUUGGGGGAGUUACUGAAAUGCAGUUUCUCUUAAACUUUUGCUUGCCAAUUAUUGGGGUAAUGUUUAUAUUUAAACUGUAAUUCUUGCUC